CCGUUGGAAUAUUCCAAUCAGAGCUGGAUAUUUCUCAACACGACAUUCAACGACUUGGAGAUUCAUUUUGACGACACAUUGGCGCGGAAAGCUAGGUUUCACAGGACACUGUCAGAGUCCGGAUCCUUGUCCCCAUGCUUGAGCAUCUUUCCGAACCGCGGCAGGAGAUCAGAAUGCGAUCCAGCGCUCAUGUCAUAUUUCGAGAAUAUUAUUUGCAGCAGUGCCACGCUUGUCGAUAAUGCUCAUUAUAAUCCUUAUCGAUAUCUUAUACUGCCCAUGGCGCUGGAGUCUGAAGGUCUUUACCAUGCGACGCUCGCCAUUGCCGCCAACACCCUGCGACUUUCUGAUUCGAGAUAUCGGCUGCCCGCGCUUGAACAUCAUCAUCAUGCAUUAAGUCAUCUCAGAGAGUUGCUAGGUCAUGAUACAUGGGGAGAGAAAGAGCUGGAUGAGAUGCUGGGACUUGUUCUCAUGCUCUGUUGGUUCGAUAUUUCGGAUAAUAGUCGACCAUCAUGGGUCACUCAUCUCAACGGGUUUCAAGACUUGAUCCGUACGCGACAAGAACGACCGGGUCGCUCCCUCCACAGCCAGGAGCUAUCGGGUUUCUUCAACCGCUACUUUGCCUUUCAUCUCGUCCUUGCUCGUACAGCAUUUCGAGUUGAAGGAGCAACGUACAAAUUACCAAUAUCACCGAACUCCUUAGUUGAAUCCCCAGAUCGCAUUGAUCCAUACAUGGGUUUCAGCCAAGCUCUUUUGCUGCUCAUCAACCAGGUCACUGAGCUUGCUUGGAUGAAAGAGGAUGACCAGAAUGAGAUAUCUCCGUCAACAGUUUAUCAAUUGAAAAGGAACCUUGAAGAAAUUCAGCAAAGACUUCCGACCGGACAGAUUGACCCGACUACGGAAUGCGCUGCGAUCGCAGAGGCGAAUAGGCUCGGAGCACUUCUCCUCUUGCAUGAGACCUGUUCAUCGAAACCAGUGUCUGCUAGCAAGUCUGGUCUUCCAGCGUUCAAUCCAGAAGAAAAGAGCCGCUUUGUUGGCCAGAUAUUGAAUCUCAUUUUGGAAAAGAAGGCCAAUAUGAUGCGCACCGCAGUAUUGCCACUGUGGCCCUUGUUUUUGGCAGGCUGCUGUGCUCGCGAAGAUGAGGAAAGGGUGACUGUGCUGCGACUAUUCGAGGAACUGAAUGGUAUCCGUCGAUUUGGGAAUAUUGCCCCCGCCAAGGAGGUGGUUGAAAUGGUAUGGCGACAGCGAGAUUUAUAUGCAGAAGAUGAGGGAAAGCGCCGGAGAGGCGAAGCUCAACCCAGAAAGGAUGCUCUGCAAGGGGCCCGGUUUGCCUGGGAACAUGCGAUGGUAAUGCUGGGAGACUGGAAAUUAAGCUUGACGUAA